AUGAAAGAUUCGCGACGACGCGCGACGCGCGGGAGGAUCUCCCUCGCGGCGUCGCGCGCGUCGCCCCGAGACGACGACGGCGGACCGUCGCCGCCGCCGUCGCCGUCGUCGUCGUCGUUCGCGGACGACCUCGCGUCCGCGACCGGCGACGUCCCCGACGACGUCGAAGCCGCCACCGCGACGCGCGACGCGAACGCGCGAUCCGAAGCGCUGCUCGCCGCGAGAGCGGUCGACGCGUCGCGCGAGCUCCCGCCGGACACGAUCGCGCCGAUGCCGGAGUGGCUCUACGACCGCCGCCUGGACAUCGUGCCCGCGGUCUUCGGGCGUCUGAACCCGUUCAGCGGCGUGCUGGUGUACUACACCGGCGCGGUGUUGGGCGAGUGCGGCGGCGCGCCGCUCGUGGCGCUGCAGUGGAUCGCGUUCGUCUUCGCGCCCGCGUUGGCGGCGACGGCGUCGUUACGGUACUUUUGGCGCGAGCGGCGCAUCCGGCGUCGACGCGAGAGAGCCGCGGCGAAGGGCGCGUCGCCGCCGCCCCCCGAGUACCCGUGGGCGCGGUCGUGCCGCCCCGCGUGGCUCGAUAUUCACUUGGGGUACGCGCUGCUGCUGCCCGCGGGCGCGGCCGGCGGCGAGGGCGCGAGCUGGUGGCUUCUGUUGGCGCCGGCGUUCAUGGCGAUUCGAUUCGUCGGCGGCUUGAGGCGCGUUCAUAUUUACACCGGUCCCCGUACGACCGCGUCGGCGUGGUGA